UCAGACAACAUAACCUCAUUGUAACUUAGUAUAUCGUAAUUAUUGCAUAUUACUGUAACUGUGAUAAAAGAAAGAAAUGUUUUUAUAUCGUAAUGUACAUAGAUUUAAAGUAUACCAAGAUGUGAGAUAUUUUUGUAAAACUACUUUGAAGAACAAAGCUUUAGAUGAAAAUACUGUAACAGGAAGAUUGCUUCUCUGUGUGAAAGAUCUUAAUCAAAGAAAUGCUUCUGAACUUAACACUUCAAUAUCAUUUGAUUGGAACAAGAGUGAACAUGUGAUAAAAGAAUUGCAGAGUUCAAAGACACCAAGUGAAUUGUCCAGAAAGUUAAAUUAUUUCAAUAAUAAAUGCUGCAACAGGUUGACUGAUUUAGAUACAACAAGCAUUUUUAAUAUACUGAACAUAUACAUGAAAAUUGUACCAAACAAAAUUUUGAAAUACGAAUUUUACAAAGCUGCUCUCACAUUCUUGAAUGAAUAUUUUCAGUUUCUAUCUACUAAAGAAGUUCUGCAGCUAAUGUUUUAUGCUGGCUUACAGAAAAAUACUGGUAACUCUGAAUUAUUGCUUAAGCAGUGCUUGAGGUCCUUCAAUCAAAAAACAAUAGAUGAAUUAACUGUGAAUGAGCUGUCUAUAAUAUGCAAUUCAACCUUUAAAUGCAGCACAAGGAUAAAGAAUGAAGCUUUCUGCGUGAAAAUUAUUGACACAAUAAACAACAAUUUGGACAUUUUAAAAGACACACGAAUAUUUGUUACUCUCAUUAAAACUUUGAGACAUAACCGGGCUCAGAAUGAGAGUAUUUUGAGCACAAUAUCUUGCGCUAUGUUGUUUAAUUCAACUUACGAACAUUAUGAUUUUACUACAAUGUGCCAUGUGCUUGCCCUCUUUUCCGACUAUUCUUAUUACGAUGAAAACAUUUUGAAUCUUUUCAAAGACAAGGCUGUUGAGGAAUUGACAUGCGACGUGGUAAAGAAGUCUAAUUUUAGUGAUAAAAUAAGAGCAAAGGAUAUUAAACGAUUUUUGUGGGCGUACAGCAAUUUGGGAUAUAAAUUGGACAAGAGAUUAAUCAAGGAUGUAUUCAUCAAAAUAAUGGUUAAGAAAAUCGGAGAUAAAGACUACGAUGAUGAACCAGAAACAUUAUUAGAUUGUAUUCUAUACCUUUGGAUUAUGGAGUAUCAAGCGUUUGAGCUAGUGCCUUAUUGUUUCUCCAAUGACAAAAUUACUCAAAUUAAAAAGAGUAAAACGAAGAGUAAAGACAAAUUGAAUAUGCUUCUGAGUUGUAUGCAAUUGGAAAACCUAUCGCUAUUCAAAGAACUGCAAUUAAAACCGCAAAGUUUCCAAUAUUAUAAUAUCAAGAAGCAACUGAGUUAUAGGCCUAAUUUGGAAAGGGUUUACGGCAUAUUGAAGGAACUCAGUGAUAGCGUAGAAUUGAAUAAAUUCGAGUACGAGUGUCAAAUACCGCACGUACAAAUCGUGGGAAUAACUGGGUAUAAAAAGAACAUUUAUAAGUCUGUUUUCAUCGAAGUAUUCGACGAUUACGUUUGCGUGAAAAACAAAAUAGACUAUGCAUCUGGUCUCAUGCAACUCAAAUUAAGGUUGUUGGACAAGAUGGAUCAAGGUUUAAUCAUCAUAUCAACUGAUGAUUUGAAUACCAUGAAUGAUGCAGAAUUAAAGGAACAUUUGAUUUAUGAAAUUAACAUGGUUUGUUAACAUUUUAUUUAUUUAUUUUAAUAAUAAAAAUCGUUUAUUUUUGUUUGUAUAGUCUUCACUUAUAUCACCUUUCAAUUCGUGUUUAUCCCAAGU